UUUCCUCAACUAGGCAUAUAUUUAAAUCAAUUUUCCCCCCUUAAAUGUAUAGCAAUAUUGGUUUACGCCGUGUCAGUUCUCUUUAGUGUUUGCCAAUGUUGGAGGUGUUUGGGGUCUGUCCCUGGAAAAAGGUAUAGAGGAUGGCACAAGUUAAAGUGCAGACCACAGCAAACCUCUCUGGAUCUGCCAUGUCUCCUGCUGUGCAGCCCCCGACAGUGCCCAGUGCAUGUCCUCUAGGUCUGCAGUCCUCUAUGAACAGAUCAGUUCCAGCCUCCAGUACCAGCUGUUCCAGUCCUGCAGCUGGGCUUGUGGAUUCUACUGUUUCUGCAAACUCACCAGCUUCUCCCCAGGAAAACAUGGCAAACCCCAAAGAGAAAACUCCAAUGUGUCUGGUAAAUGAGUUAGGCCGUUUCAACAGAAUUCAGUCCCAUUACAAGCUCCUGAAUGAACAAGGGGCUGCACAUGCCAAGAUCUUCACUGUGCAGCUGACUCUUGGAGAGCAGAUCUGGGAAGCGGAAGGAAGCAGCAUCAAAAAGGCACAACAUUCAGCUGCAGCCAUGGCAUUGACUGAGACGACUCUGCCGAAGCCAUCACUGAGGCCGCCCAAGGUGGAGACUAACAGCAACCCAGGCAGUAUAACCCCUACUGUUGAAUUGAAUGGUUUAGCAAUGAAAAGAGGAGAACCUGCCAUCUACAGACCCUUGGACCCAAAGCCUUUGCCAAAUUACAAAGCCAAUUACAACUUCCAGGGCAUGUUCAAUCAAAGGUACCAUUACCCAGUGCCUAAGAUAUUUUAUGUCCAACUGACUGUGGGGACCAGUGAGUUUAUAGGAGAAGGAAGGACGCGUCAGGCAGCUAGACACAAUGCUGCAAUGAAAGCCCUUCAAGCUCUCCGGAAUGAGCCCAUCCCUGAAAAACCACCACAGAGCAUAGAGGGAAAGAAUGAAGCUGAGGAGGAGAGUGAUGCCAGCAAGUCUGAGAUUAGCCUGGUGUUUGAAAUAGCACUCAAAAGAAACGUGCCUGUCAGCUUUGAGGUGAUUAAAGAGUGUGGCCCACCGCACAUGAAGAGCUUUGUCACGAGAGUGACGGUCGGGGAUUUUGCAGCAGAGGGAGAGGGAAACAGUAAGAAACUUUCCAAAAAGCGGGCUGCAAUAAUGGUGCUACAAGAACUGAAUAAACUUCCUUUCCUCCCUGUGAGAGAAAAACCCAAACUUCAUUAUAAGAAACGCCCUAAAACUAUAUUGAAGACUGGCCCAGAAUAUGGUCAGGGAAUGAACCCCAUCAGUCGCUUGGCCCAGAUCCAACAGGCAAAAAAGGAGAAGGAACCCGAGUAUACUCUGCUAUCCGAGAGAGGAAUGCCCCGUCGCAGAGAGUUCAUCAUGCAGGUGAAGGUCGUUAAUGAAUCUGCAACUGGAACUGGUCCUAAUAAGAAAGUGGCAAAACGGAAUUCAGCAGAGGCUAUGCUGCUGCAGCUUGGGUACAAGGCAUCUACACCUGCACACAGUCAAGCAGGGACACCUGUGGAGAACAAAGGGUGGAACGGGCAAAAGGUGGCUUUUCCUGAACUAACAAGUAACACUCAGAAGGGAAUACUCCAUCUCUCCCCUGAUGUUUAUCAGGAGAUGGAAGCAAGCCGGAACAAGACUGGUCCCGCAACUGCUGUAAACUAUCUCAAUCCAAAAGACAUUGGCCAGGGCUCCAGUUCUUUCUUUAGCACCACCAACAACACGGCAACCAUUGCCAGGGAGCUCUUGCUUAAUGGCAUCUCUCCGACUGCUGAAGCCAUAGGUGUGAAAGGAAAAGCACCUGCUUCGCCCUGCACCUCUGUGCAGCCUUCGCAGCAGCUGGAGAACUUGGCCAGGAUUCAAGGCUUUCAGGUGCAGUAUAAUGAUCGUCCUAAUGGCAAAGAGUGCAUGACCUACCUAAGUCUUUCGCCUGUGCAGAUGACUUUCCAUGGCAUUGGGAGCUCCAUUGCAGCUAGCCAUGAUAAGGCAGCCCUAAGUGCCUUGAAACAGCUGUCAGAACAAGGACUGGACCCUGUGGAAGGUGCAAUGAAGGUAGAAAAUGGACCAUGUGAUAGACAACUGAAACAUCUGGGAGAGAAGGCAGACAAUAAACAGACUAACUCAGGCACCACUGGUCAGGCCUGCAAGGAUUCAAAGGCCAUCGUCUAGGAGCCCCCCCAGCGCCCCCAGCCGCCACCUCAUCCUUAUAAACCUGUCAACACACAAUAGGGUGGAUGUGUAUCAGGAAAUGAAUGACUAAAUACCAUUAUUUGAGUCUAUGUGAAGACAACACUAUCCUAACACAAAAAAGAAAUGAAUGGAUUAAAAAAAUAUACAAAAAUGAAUAAGAAUAAUUAAAUAAAUACAUUGCACGAUGAAUCAAGGGAAAUCAAAAACCUAUCCAGAAUUUCCCCUUUUCUAUAUGAAUAGUUUAAGUUUUAAAGAUAGUUGCCCAGUGGCAGAAAAAAACCCACCACAAUUGUGCUACUGAAAACUAAUUGAAACAUUUUAAAAAUUGAGAAAACAAAUGCUAGUAGAAUAUCAACAUCAAACUGAGAUACUGAUGCUGUGGUUCAGUUGUAAUUUUAAAAAAAAUGGUGUCUUAAUUUCAGCUUUGUUUCCUUUUUUAUUUUAUAAAUAAUGCUUGGGUAUUUAAAAGUUAACCAAUGACAGUGCUGUGAGAGUUGUAGUUGUUGUCUUCAUAUAUAGUCAUGCAGCUUAUAUUUCAUGCUGACAUUUAAAGCAUUCACAAUUCUAUAUGAAUAUGUAUGACUUGCAAAUACAGAUACCAUACCCUGAAUUCGUAUGCAAAAAAUGAAAAAAAAAACUAUUAAAAAAAAAUGCUUAUUAAUACGUGACCUGGUGUUAGAACUGUAGAGGAAAAACUCAAAAAAUGGCAGUUUAGCAUUUGAGUGUCAUGAACCUGUGGUCAUGAAUGAGGCAUCUGACCUCCGGUUCACAUAUUCUCCCCCCAUCCUGUUGUUUGAAGCCCAUCUACACCUAUUAUGUGUGUUGUAUUGGCCCACUGUUUGCAUCAACUGAUAACUUCAUUCUAAUCUGAAAGAGCAUUUUAGGCCUAGCACCAAGGAAGACCUAGAAGCUAGGGAGGUAAUUCUACAACAACAAAGAAAAAAUAAGAGUUACACCUGAUUGUAUAACUAAAACACAAAGAAUAGUAUGUAUGCUGAUUGUUGGUGCACUCUGUAACAGCAACUUGUUAUUAAUGAAUGGCCAAAUGCAGUAAAACCAUGUCAGUUCAUGUUUAA